CAGAGAGAAAGCUUUAGACUUCCAGGUUAUAUUGAGAGAGUAGAUGUCUAGGGUGAGCUCAACUUAACCCUGGUUUCCCUUCUCCAGGGGGAAUAUGAGGAGCAGAGACAAACCCCACUGCUAGGGGUCACGAGGCAGGGCCAGGAUGAAGAAGUUGGCGUGACCUGGGUGACUCAGCCGGAGCGGUCUUUGUGCAGGAGGCUGAGGCCCCAAGGGGUGGCCACCACGACAUAUCAAGCCCUCUCCAAGGUCAGGCCCGGGGCUCGGAACUGAGUCUGCUGGGAUCCCCAGGUUGUGGAGGAUGAGGCUCCUCCGCAGACGCCAUAUGCCUCUGCGCCUGGCCAUGGCAGGCAGCGUCUUCAUGCUGUACCUCUUCAUCUGGCCAAGAAAUGAAAGCGGGAGAGAGCUGGCUACAGAGAAACCAUGGCUGAAGUCCCUGGUGGGCCAGAAGGAUCACGUCCUGGAUCUCAUGCUAGGGGCUGUGAACAACCUUAGAGAUUCAAUGCCCAAGCUCCAGAUCAGAGCUCCGGAGCUGCAGCAGCCUCUGGUCUCCGUAAACCAGUCUUGCCCCCCUGGGUUCUACACCCCAAACGAGCUAAAGCCUCACUGGGAACGGCCACCACAGGACCCCAGUGGCCCUGGGGCAGAUGGGAAAGCGUUUGAGAAGAGCGAGUGGACACCCCUGGAGACCCAGGAGAAAGAAGAGGGCUACAAGAAGCACUGCUUCAACGCCUUUGCCAGUGACCGGAUCUCCCUGCAGAGAGCCCUGGGGCCAGACACGCGGCCCCCUGAGUGUAUUGACCAGAAGUUCCGACGCUGUCCCCCACUGCCCACCACCAGCGUCAUCAUCGUGUUCCACAAUGAGGCCUGGUCCACGCUGCUGCGAACGGUGUACAGUGUCCUGCACACCAGCCCUGCCAUCUUGCUGACGGAGAUCAUCCUGGUGGAUGACGCCAGCACUGACGAAUACUUAAAGGACGAGCUGGAGCAGUACGUGCAGCAGCUGCAGAUCGUGAAGGUGGUCCGGCAGGAGGAGCGGAAGGGGCUGAUCACUGCCCGGCUGCUGGGGGCCAGCAUGGCGCAGGCAGAGGUGCUGACGUUCCUGGAUGCCCACUGUGAGUGCUUCCAUGGCUGGCUGGAGCCCCUCCUGGCUCGAAUUGCUGAGGACAAGAUGGCAGUGGUGAGCCCAGACAUCGUCACCAUUAACCUUCACACCUUUGAGUUCUCCAAGCCCGUGCCCGGGGGCAGAAUCCACAGCCGGGGCAACUUUGACUGGAUCCUGACCUUCGGCUGGGAGGCUGUACCUGCACAUGAGAGGCAGAGGCGCAAAGAUGAGACCUACCCCAUCAAAUCCCCGACGUUUGCUGGUGGCCUCUUCUCCAUCUCCAAGUCCUACUUUGAGCACAUCGGUACCUAUGAUAAUCAGAUGGAGAUCUGGGGAGGGGAGAACGUGGAAAUGUCCUUCCGGGUGUGGCAGUGUGGGGGCCAGCUGGAGAUCAUCCCCUGCUCUGUGGUAGGCCAUGUGUUCCGUACCAAGAGCCCCCACAGCUUCCCCAAGGGCACCAGUGUCAUUGCUCGUAACCAAGUGCGCCUGGCUGAGGUGUGGAUGGAUGACUACAAGAAGAUUUUCUACAGAAGAAAUCUGCAGGCAGCAAAGAUAGCCCAAGAGAAGUCCUUUGGUGACAUUUCGGAACGACUGCAGCUGAGGGAACGACUACACUGUCACAACUUUUCCUGGUUCUUGCACAACGUCUACCCAGAGAUGUUUGUUCCUGACCUGAAUCCAACCUUCUAUGGAGCCAUCAAGAACCUCGGCCUCAAUCAGUGCCUGGAUGUGGGUGAGAACAACCGUGGAGGGAAGCCCCUCAUCAUGUACGCCUGCCACGGCCUUGGCGGCAAUCAGUACUUUGAGUAUACAACCCAGAGAGACCUGCGUCACAACGUUGCUAAACAGCUGUGUCUAUAUGCCAGUGCCAGCACACUGGGCAUGAGGACCUGUCACUUCACUGGCAAAAAUAGCCAAGUGCCCAAGGACGAGGAAUGGGAAUUGACCCAGGGUCAGCUCAUCAGGAACUCGGGAUCUGGUACCUGCCUGACAUCCCAGGACAAAAAGCCCGCCAUGGCGCCUUGCGAUCCCAGUGACCCCCACCAGCUCUGGCUCUUUGUCUAGGCCCUUGAUCAACCCCCGCGCCCAAGUCCUCUCAGGAAACAGGAUUGCGGGUGUCUGGGGAGCUGAUCAUCAGGCUCUGCAGGCCUUCGGGGUGGGUCUGAAAACCAAAUGGAUGUCAAGGCGGAACAUUCUGGCCCCUGCAGCAACUCUGGGCCCCUUUUCUUCCUUCCACGCUGAUAGAAGAGACUGUGGAUGCACCUAGAGCUUCCUUCUGUUCUUGAAACAAAGACCCCUGGAGCAGAGGGCAGGCCAAAGGCAGCAACCCUGAGGUCAAGAAGAAUACCUCCCUCUGCAGCCCCGUCCUGACACCUUGGUCAGCCAGAGCACCUGCAGGGUUCAGUCAAGUAGUGUGAUCUAAUAGGGUUUUGAGGUCAACGAGAGCCUCCCUUGCUAAUAAUACCUGGUGGGUAGAACUGAUUACAAUUUACAGAAAGCACCCAGUGAGGUGUCCUUUACCUUAUUUCAUUUGCACAAUAACCCUGUGAGGAAGACGGGAUGAGAGCUACAGUGUCCACCUUAUAGGCAACAGAGCAGAGGCAGAGAUACAGUAGUCGGUCUGCGGUUGCGUAACUAGUGGCUGAAGCUGACGCUGAGGCUGUCUUCACCGCUGAACCAUGGAUCAUUCCACGGUGCCACAAGAACACUAGAGAGCUAGCCAGGAGUUCCUGCUCCCUCUUUGCCCCAUUCUUAUCCCUGAGGUACUGUCAGCCCAGAGGAAGUUAACAAGAGUCCUGGCAAGACUGAGGAGGCAGGCUGGGCGUGGUGGCGCACGCCUGUAAUCCCAGCACUUGGGAGGCUGAGGCAGGAGGCUUGCUGUGAGUGUGAGACCAGCCUGAACUGCAUAAUGAAACCUUGUCUCCAAAAAAAAAAAAAGAAAGACUGGGAAGCAGGGACACUGCGCAGUCAGGCGUGACUGAUCCCGUCUGCGGUGCUUGCAUGAAGCCCUGGUGUGAAGCAGACCCAGUGUGUGCACUAGCUCUUCUCCAAGCAAGAUGGACCCCACUGCACCUGGCGGCUUUGUCUGAUACAGCACCCCUGUCUGCAAGAAAGUAAAAUUCUGUCCAGGAAGUCCUUUGACGUCAAUAGCAGGCUGUUGCCACAUGAGGGCGCCAUGGGACCGCCUCGGCCUCCAGUUCGCACGUAGCAGGGCAAGAGGUCCCUGGGAGCCUUCAGCACCCAGAAAAGGAGACACCCUGACGUGCCCCCACCAAAGGGAAAGGAGAAAGCGUCCAGGCUAGAGCUGGUGGGGAAAGGGAAAGUUCCACCUCUCAAAGAGAAGAGUUGGACGUGGGACUCCAGUGGAAAUAAAAGUUUAUGGUAUUGGUAGA